AUGGCAGAUGGGAAGUGGGACAACCAGGUGCCAAGGCCACAAGGGCAGGGGCGGGAGGGGCGGCGGCGGCGGCGGGCCGGAGUCGGGCACCGCGCCGCCGGCCGAGAGGCCCCAGACAUUCCACGCCAGCCGCGGGAAUGCACUGAGCAGGCGGCGCGCGGCCCCGGACGGGUUCGCUGGGCGGGGCCUACGGCCGAGGGGCGGGACCGAAGGCUGCGGGGCGGGGCCCACGGCCGCGGGACCUUUAAAUUGGCCGCCCGGGAGCGGCGCACGGGCCCACGACUGACCCAGCCAGCGAGGGAGCGACGACCCCCGACGCACACGGGCAGCAGCGCCAAGCCCACGAUGCUGCGACAUCUGCCGGGACUGCUCCUGCUGCUCUGGCAGCUGCUGCUGCUGCCACCCCCCGCCGUCCCCGGCCCCCUGGACCGCCCCAGCUUCCUGAGGUUGGGGACCCGCGGCCCAGGGGGCAGCCCCGGACGCCGUCCCGCUCCGGCCGCCCCCACCGGCACGCCCUAUUCUGGGGCCGGCCAGCACGGCGGGGCCCGCGGCGCAGGUGUUUGCAAGAGCAUGCCCUUGGACUUGGUGUUUAUCAUUGAUAGUUCUCGUAGUGUACGGCCUCUGGAGUUCACCAAAGUAAAAACCUUUGUCUCACGGGUAAUUGACACUCUGGACAUCGGGCCGGCAGACACGCGGGUGGCAGUGGUGAACUACGCCAGCACCGUGAAGAUCGAGUUCCAUCUCCAGACCCACUCGGAUAAGCAGUCCCUGAAACAGGCCGUGGCGCGGAUCACACCCUUGUCCACAGGGACCAUGUCGGGCCUGGCCAUUCAGACAGCGAUGGACGAAGCUUUCACAGUGGAGGCAGGAGCUCGGGGACCCGCUUCCAACAUCCCUAAGGUGGCCAUCAUUGUGACAGAUGGGCGGCCCCAGGAUCAGGUGAAUGAAGUGGCGGCUCGGGCCCAGGCAUCCGGUAUUGAGCUGUACGCCGUGGGCGUGGACCGGGCAGACAUGGAGUCCCUCAGGAUGAUGGCCAGUGAGCCCCUGGACGAGCACGUUUUCUAUGUGGAGACCUAUGGGGUCAUUGAGAAACUUUCCUCUAGAUUCCAGGAAACCUUUUGUGCUCUGGACCCAUGCGCGCUGGGCACACACCAGUGCCAGCAUGUGUGUGUCAGUGACGGGGAAGGCAAGCACCACUGUGAGUGCAGCCAAGGAUAUUCCUUGAAUGCCGAUAAGAAGACGUGUUCAGUUAUUAAUAAGUGUGCUCUUAACACUCACGGCUGUGAACACAUCUGUGUGAACGACAGAAAUGGCUCUUAUCAUUGUGAGUGCUAUGAAGGUUAUACCUUAAAUGAAGACAGGAAAACGUGUUCGGCUCAAGAUCAGUGUGCUUUGGGCACACACGACUGUCAGCACAUUUGUGUGAAUGACAGAGCUGGGUCUCAUCACUGUGAAUGCUACGAGGGCUACACUCUGAAUGAAGAUAAAAAAACGUGUUCAGUUCGUAACCAGUGUGCACUGGGCUCUCAUGGGUGCCAGCACAUCUGUGUGAAUGACGGGGCCGCGUCUUACCACUGCGAUUGUUAUACUGGCUACACCUUGAAUGAAGACAAGAAGACAUGUUCUGCCAUUGCAGAAGCACGAAGACUCAUCUCCACAGAAGAUGCUUGUGCAUGUGAAGCCACACUGGCAUUCCAGGAUAAGGUCAGCUCAUAUCUGCAGAAACUGAACACCAAGCUUGAUGACAUUUUGGAGAAGUUGCAAGCAAAUGAAUAUGGACAAAUACAUCGUUAAAUUCCUCAAUUUUUUUACCUGGAAAUAUGAAGCAUUUGGUGUAUUUAAUACUUUGGCAUACUCCAGUGUUCCUGCUAGUAAUCUGCCAUUACUAAUGCUUUAAUGUUACUGGAUAAGUAGUAUGAGGAUCUUCUGGAGAAUCUGUAUCAUUUUUCUAAGGAAAUAAAUGUCCCUUAUUAAGAGCAAAUUUUAGUGUCUCUAAGCUAUUACUGUGAAAUGGUAGGAAACAGAGUGAAAAGUUUCAUAAUUUCUUUCUUUCUUUCUUUACUAAUUGAGCCAUUUAAUUUUUAAAUGUUUAUAUUAGUAAGAUA